ACCCAUAGAAAAUUAGCAUCCGAGAGCACGAUCGAAGUGUUGUAGUAUUUUUCGCUCAACAGAAAAAGGCCUCUUAACAAUUGCUUUCGGCAUGGGAGCGCUUGACGCUGUGUGAAUUGACAUCAUGGUAGGAUUGCAUGCUCUGCAGCUACCGAACCUUGGAAGCUGUUUGUGGAUAUGAAGGCGUUCACAAAAAGAGCAAGAUACUAACAGCUUCAGAUGAUCCAGCGGUGGCACCUCCCCACUUGGGUACUGCCUCAACAUUUGGCCCCCAAACACGCUCAGCCCCCGCAGCCUCGCCUCGUUGCCUGACUUCUGUCCAAAGCAUGCCUUUUACAGCUACACUCUCUAUACGGUGCAUUUCUAGCGUACUUCAAGAUGAUGGACCCGCUAUCGUUUAUUGCGGGUAUCGUUGGCAUCGCUGCAGCGAGCGCUCACCUGGCAAAUACGGUCCACGACUUUGGCGACAGGUCAGCAAUACACGCUCACAAAUGCAUGAUAUUGGCUCAAAGAUGUCACAUCUCUCUACCAAUCUCAAAGAUCUCGCCACUAUCUUAGACUACGGCCACGGCAAGUACAAGUUGCAGGUACUUAUUGACACGGAGUCCAUCAUGGAGUGUGUGGAGAAGGUCCAGAAAGAGAUACGGCAGAUAGUCAAACAGAAUAGCGGUAUCUGAGCUCGAGUGAGGUGGGCGUUGAGCUCUGGCAAGAUCGCCGAGCUUUUGGACCGGAUCGAAGCGCUCAAGUCCUCACUGAGCAAUGUGCUUGCCACUGUGCAGCUAGCCAUUACUCACAGUGAGCCAAAACAACCUGACCU